GGCAGUCAUUGCAGUUGACGGCAUGAAGAUUGUCACAUGAUCCAUUUCCUCUGUAACUGUAACACAAAUCUCAUUUCCUCAGCUGUCACAACAUCUGUACCUUUAUCUGCAACCGACACUCAUAUGCCUGUAUGCCAACCUGCCUCUUGUCUUGUCUGCCUCCACGUUCAUAGGUGAUGAGAAGCCAUCCACCCCCAGUCAUGAUGGGGAAUUCCAGUAAGCUCGACAACGCCACCCUGUCCCUGUUUAUGAAUGUAAAUGCCAGCCUUGCCAUCUCUGUCAUCUACGUGAUCGUCACUGCGAUAAACCUGGUAGGAAAUGGCCUUUCCAUGUGGAUCCUCAUCUUCCGUACCUCCCCCAAGACCCCCUCCAUCAUCUUCAUGAUUAAUCUCACCCUCACCGACUUGGCCCUUGGAACUGCCCUGCCCUUUCAGAUCGCCUACCAGAUGCAAGGAUACCACUGGAAGAUGGGAGCCAAUAUGUGCAGGGUCAUGACCAUUGUCUUCUACACAAAUAUGUACUGUUCCGUCCUAACUAUGAUGGCCAUUGGAAUUGACCGCUACCUAGGCAUUGUCUGGCCAAUGUGGUUCAGGCAGAUCAGGAAGAGAAAGUCUAAUGCAGUCAUCAGCUGCAUCCUUAUGUGGGGUUUAGUCCUGAGCGUUCUGUACCCGCUGAUGACCACAGACCUGACCUUUAACAUUCCUGAACUCGGGAUUACCACAUGCUUUGACGUGCUAAAGAAAGACAUGCUCCCGAACCUGACUGCCUGGGCGGCCUUUCUCUUCAGCAUGGUGUUUGUCCUCUUCCUCUUCCCUUUCUGUGUCACAACAUUCUGCUACAUUAGUGUCAUACACAAACUGGCCAGAGAUUCCAAGACAGCCCAGAAAAAGAGAGCGAUACGUCUGGCCUUCAUUGUUCUCCUGGUCUUCACCUUGUGCUUUGCUCCAAACAACAUCCUUCUGUUGACUCACACUGUGCUGAGACUCUUCUAUAAGCAGUCAAUGUACAUGUCCUACAAACUGUCUCUCUGUUUCAGCUGCCUGAAUAGCUGCCUUGAUCCGUUCAUUUACUACUUUGCUUCCAAGGAUUUCAGACACAAGCUGCGACAGAUAAUUAAUCUCCAUACUCUGAGUAGUGGGGACUCAAUGAAGAUGGAACAUAGAGAGAGUUUGUACUCGGCACCUUCGGCUUUCGAAAGUCAGGAAAGAGAACAAAGCAAGGUGUCUUUGAUGCCACAGAACACCACAGCAUAGAGACAUAGAAUGAGAAAAAGAGAAUAAAGACUGAGGGAGCUGUGAUAAAGGAAGUGAGAGAGCUAGCAAGUGUGGGUUGCCCUGAGUGUGUCAAAUUCUUACGUCUAACUAUUUCGAAAUCAUUUUACUUCAGCCUUUUUAGGAUUACAACAGAACUAAAGAACAUGGUCAGCAGCUGAGUCUUUUUGAUAACUUUAGUUUUUAUUUUUGCAAUACCUUACACCCUGUAGGCUAUUUUUUUUUUUUGAUGAAAAAAAAGACAUUUAUUGUUUUUUGUAUGUGUAUUUUUAUUUCUGGCAUCAUUACAGUUUUGACGAAAUAUGUAGCAUGCACAAAUGCAAACGAAAUGUGAAUGUGUGUUGUACAGUAUAAGCUUUCUCUGACUGAACAUUUUAACAAUUUUAACAUUGCCUUUGUACAUCUUUGUAAAUGUCUGUGUACUGUAUUUUACUAUGUAUAGAUGACCUAUUCACCUUUUUAACUUGUUUCAAGAUUAUUUUCACUGUUUUUCUUCAUCU